CGGCAGUGGUGGACUUCCCAGGUUCUUUACCAAGUCAGUCUUGCUCGUGUCGGCAAUGGAUAAAGGCUGAGUGCUGGACGCCGGAUCCACAUUCACAAGACGCUCUCUGACUCUCACAGGCUCUUUUGGCGUGUGGACCUGUCUUCCAAGAUCUGUUCAGCAUGAGGCCGAUUCUGGUGGCGACUCUCUUUCUGUCGGCGAUGGCCAGCCAGCCCGUGCCCCUGAUCAUUCGGCCCGCUGUCCUCGUUAGCGUGGCAGCAUCUCAGGUUGCGGGUCAACAGGCUGGCUUCUUUUUUGGCCAGCCACUGGCCCGGCAACAUUUCAUGAGUCAGAGGGACCACUUAAUACGACGAAACAACGGUCAAGUUGGUUUCUCUCUCCAGGCCCCUCAGCCUCAAGCAGCAUCUCAGCAGCAGUUCAGCAAUCAGCCAGUGCAGCCAGCACCACAAAUGUUCAACAACCAAAUGGUUAGUUCCCUACAAGCACGGCAGUCUCAGCAAUUCAAUAACCAGCAGGCAAGUUUCCCUCAGACACAGCCAUCUUUGUUGUUCAGUGAUCAACAACCAAGACUGUCACAACCUCAGCCAUCUCGACAGCAACCCAAUAACCCACAAACAACGCCAUCACAACAAUUCAACAAUCAACAAGCAGGUUCUCGGCAAAAGCAACCAGGUCAACAAGUCAACAGUCAGUCAGGACAACCAGCACCUCAAAAAGUCAACCAACUUGCUGGUUCCCCACAAACACAGCCAUCUCAGCAACUCAACAAUCAACAACCAAGCUUAUCACAAGCACAACCAUCACGGCAACAGCAUGACAACCAACGGGCAGGUAGUCCACAGAGACAGCUAGUUCCUCAACAGAAUUUCAGUAAUCAGCAGGCCGGUACACAACAUCCACAGUCUGCACAGCAGUUCGCGCCUGAACCUGCAAGACGCCAUCCGUUGUGCGGGGUGAUUCCCGACCCAGGGGAAUGUCGAGCAGCCUUCCCGAGGUACUACUUUAACGCGAAAACGAACCAGUGCGACUGCUUCCUCUACGGUGGCUGUGGAGACGAGGGCCUCGAAUCGAGCUACAUGACGCUAAACGAAUGCCAGGCAACGUGCUCUCCAGCCAACACGUUUGAAGGACCCAACUGCAAGAAGGUGUUCCAAGACGACGGAAUCAUUUUCGAGCCAGCUGCUUCUUUGCCGUCCUUGCCUGCCCUGUCCAUCACGUCUGGGACGCAGGCUCAAGGGAAUCAGACAGCGCUUCCUCUAAUUCCCGACAGUGUAAAUGGUGCAUCACAAAACAAUAUCACAACACAACAGGCAGCAGCAGAAUCCAUCGGUGGAGCAUCGAACCAACACGCUCGUAGAAGGGUACCAACAAAACGUCAUCCACUUUGUGGGAAAAUGCCCUCCCCAGGAACAUGCAGAGGGGCCUUCCCAAGGUACUAUUACAACGAAACCAUGGACCAGUGUGAUUGUUUCCUCUAUGGCGGAUGCGGAGACGAAGGUUUAGAGUCGAGUUACGCGUCCUUAGCGGAAUGCCAGCAGAUGUGUGUUCCAGCGGAAACGCUUGAAGGCCCCGCCUGUAAGGAGAUCUUCCAAGACGACGAGCAAGUUUUCGAGCCUCUUGCUUCGGGAUCUCAGCCCAAUCCUGGCCAUAGUUCAGUUGUCGACAUUAGCAACAUUGGCGAUGAGAAUUUGCUAGAACUGUUCAGUCGCUAAGAUUGAUGAAGCGACUUAUGAACAGUUUCAGAUUUGUCGAAGUUCAUGCCUCAGGAUUCAUGUAAUUCAAUUCCUAAUGGUGUUUCGAAGCUUCGACCUUGGACACGAACCCUUCCCCUAAUUGUACUUGCACAAUGCACACCAAUGAAGUGAAAAGGUGCUUUAGUGCAUGUUCUAAAGAAAUGUUAGACGCUUCAUUGCAAAUACUUAGUUAUUGCACGGGUAAAGUAUUCCUAUUGCCAUGAUAAAUCGAUGGCCCUUUAUAUAUAAAUGUUAAAUUAUUGCACCGGUACGGCAUUCCUAUAUCUAUAAUUAAUCGAGGUUAUUUUUCUGUUUUCUGACCAAUUUGAUAAACACUAUGGCCAUAAAAUUUACAAUGGAUUUUCUCACAGUAUUCAUGUAAUGUCAAAAAAAAAAAAAAAAAAAAACAGAAAACACGAAAUAUAUCACAGUUCUUAUUAACCAUAUUCCAAUAUAAUUAAUUCACUCCAUAACAUUUUUAUUGUUAACCUUCCUCCCUAGUAUGGAUUUUUCUUUAGAGAAUUGUGUGCCUUUUUCCUAUAUCAUUUUUAUUCACACACACAUACACAUCACACGCACACUCACACGCACACGUACACACGCACACGUACACACACACACACACACACGCACACACGCACACACACACACACACAUGUAUAUGUAUUUAUAUAUAUAUAUAUGUAUAUAUAUGUAUAUACAUACAUAUAUACACAUCUGUGCCUCACAGGAGGCACAUGGAACAGCAUAGGUGCCCACCUGGUCCACAUCAGGGAGGACUGAUGUGCACCAGGUUGCGACGGAGAGUGUUCACUUGACGAAAGAUCAAAAGAUCAGCCUGCAGUUGAGAGGGCGACGGAGAGAGUAGAUCUCCUUAGUGUACGGCAGGCUGAGGACAGACAGUGAGUCUCUUUAGGAGAGGAGCCGUGCUCUGGCGACGUAGAGAACAUGACGAGAGUAGCGCAGUUUCGCACUGGGGGUCACUCGUUCCUGUUUGCCUCCUUCCCUGACAUGGUACCUGUUUUUCGUGUUUCCGAGGAUUCUGUCAUCGCCACGGCCCGACGGAAAAACAAUGACAACAGUAACAACGAUAUGGCAAAUCCUCAUCUUAAGAAGAAUUAAAUUAUAAUAGUUACUUCCAUGGCGAAAUUGAAAGAGCACCACUAUUAAUUAAAAGAAAAGAAAAAAAAAAAAAUCUGCUAACGCUCAUAAUGGCGAUUUCUGUUUAAACGUAAUAAAGGGUUGAGGUAAU